GCUAAUGUUGAGAUAGAGGAAGUGAGAAGGAGGUGCUGAAAGCCCCAUGAAGCGUUGCACAGGCCAUAGCCUGAGAAGAAGUGGAAGUGGAAGCAACAGCAAACUUCACUGAGCACGACGAAAAGAGAGACAACAGAUUAUUGUACCAAACAGGUCUGAUCACAGGUCUACAGAAUGGCUCAAGGAUGCCUCAAGUGUUUAAAGCUCACCAUGUGUGCCGCCAACUUCCUCUGUUUUAUGUGUGGCGUGGCCGUGCUGGCUUUCGGCGUGUACAUGAUGGUGAACUUCAGGAUGGCCGCGCUCACCCCGAACUUGGCCAGCUUCAACUCGGCCAACAUACUGCUGAUCAGUGGCAUCGUCAUCACUUGCGUGUCCUUCCUGGGUUUCCUUGGCGCUCUGAAGGAGAACCGCUGUCUCCUUCUGACAUUCUUCCUGCUGCUGUUCUUUCUGAUGCUGGUGGAGCUGACUGUAGCAUGCCUGCUGCUUGUGUAUGAGGGGGAGAUUGCUAAACUGGUGACAGAUGAUCUUACUAAGGGCUUGGAAAAGGCGAAAGCAAAGCCUGUGAAUUCAACCAAUGUGAUGAGUGAGUGGGAUCUGGUUCAGACUAAGCUUGAUUGCUGUGGAGUCAAUAAUGUGACAGACUGGGGAGACAAAGUACCUAAAUCUUGCUGCGCCAACGACUGUGAGACCCCGAGGCCCCUGUACAGACCCAAGGGCUGUUUGGUAACGUUGAGGGCCUUGUUUGAGGAAAAUUUCCUAACCACUGGGAUUUCUGUCAUUGUCCUCUGCGUUGUUGAGGUCUUGGGAAUGUGUUUCGCCAUGACGCUCUUCUGCCACAUCAGUAGAUCUGGACUGGGCUACAAAUUAUAGACAAUGUUCUCUCCAACAAUACAUCUUAAAUACAUAGUUCAGAGUUAAUUUUGUUGUACAGUUGUCGUUGCAGAAGGAAAAGCUUAAAGAUCAGAAAAAUAAUUUUAUGAAGACAGUGAUUUUAAUACGCUUUGUUUUACCGUUAUCACAAAAUAUUCUUGAAGCUGAUGCAGAUCAAACUUUUUCAUUCAUGUGAAAAUUGAAUAGAAAUGUUCCAGGCAUCUCUGGCCUUCCAUAACUGUGAGUGAUCAAGUAAUGUAAAAUGCUGUUUCCGUCCGAGCUGUGUGAAAUGAAAGUCAUUUUGUCUACUGUGGGACUUGCUCGUUGCUACAUUCCUCUCCACUUACCGACAUUAUACAAUCAUAAUGAAAAACAGGUGCUGUAAAAUAAAACAUAUCCUCUGUAACUGUCUUCCACAAACUUUUCAACUUUUGUAAAUUCUAUAACAAACCAAUAAAGUAUUUCUAACAGUA